AGAAUCCUCCUAAUUCCUAGCGUAGAGGUUAAUUUGCUUAGUGGAGGCCAUUGCACCCUUCCACAAAUUGUCAUUUUCAAAAUGGAUAAACACACACUCAAAUCAUGUGUCAGUGGUAUGUGAUCUCAGUCUUUAUAUUUCAAGAGUAACUAGCACCCAAAUGGUGCACUCACAAAAGCCACUUCUUUGAUCCAACAAAUCUAACACCCAAUUUUCAAAAUCCAAUUUUGUUUUCCUUUAUUUCUCUAUAUAAACCAAUUUCCCUUCUAAGUACUCUUGAUCUGAGGAUGGACCCUAAUGAUUGGAUAGUCAUUUAUGAUGAUGAAUAUGCUGAUGUGAAUGAAGAUUCCGAUCAGAAGCCAAUUAUCUUUGGAAAAAUAAACCCAGAUCUAAGAAGUGUUCUUGACAUGAAUUACUUUCCAAAGAAAACCUCCAAAACAUCCAGAGAUUUUCAUCAAAAGGUGCUCAAAGAGAUUGUCCAUGUUCCAAUUCAAUUAAAUCCAAAAGUUGGAAAUGUCCAAGAUGAAGGGUUAGUGGAAGAAAAUAUCAAGGAUCAGGAUCAUGUUGAGGGCACUCUUGUCCCAUCACCAACCUCCACUGAGAAAAUCAAAGGAGUGAUUUUUGAAGCCGAUCAUAACACUGUUUCACAGCUUCUCUCCAAGAUCAAGGAAAUUGACUCCCCAAAGUCUGUUGAUGGGGAAUUGUUCCCUUCAUCUGAUAUAGGUGAGACACAAGAGAUCAUGCCCUCUUCCAAAGUGAAAAUUGAAAAAGAAUUGACUAUAAUGGAGUGUGACAAAGAAGUGGAAAACUCAAGUGAUGGCUUUAAUUUUUGGAAGUGGAGCUUGAAUGGUGUUGGAGCUAUAUGUUCUUUUGGGGUUGCUGCUGCCACAACAAUCUGUGUCCUGCAUUUUGGAAGUCAGCAAAGGAACAAAAUUCAGAACAUUCGGUUCCAGAUCUAUAGCGAUGACAAGAGGAUUAAGCAAGUGGUACAGCAUUCAACCAAAUUGAAUGGACCAAUUUCAGUAGUGAGUGGUGUUCCUCGUAAUAGAGGAACCAUAACCUGUGGUGAUUACUAUGGUGGCCUUUGAUUGAGGCAUUCAUUAAGGAAAUUUCGGAUAUUACAAGUAGUGGCAAAGUCCUCUGUUCUAGAUUUAUGUAGUUUUUUUUUUUCUUGUAUAUAAAAUAACUAAGAUUGAGCUUGAUAAAGUAAGCUAUAAAUUAAAGACUAUUUUAUUAUUUCUUUUACUAGUAUUUUUUAUGAAUUUGGAUUUUUGAAUGAUAACAAAGUUUAUCCAAAAGAAAA